AUGGAUGGUGCUAAGCCUUGCUGCACUCCUCUUGGUUCCACCAAACUUGAUCACACGGGUCCUCUUCUUUCCAAUCCCACUGAGUACAGGUCUCUUGUUGGUGGUCUGCAAUACUUAACAUGGACUCGUCCUGACCUCUCGUUUACAAUCAAUCAAAUCUGCCAGUUCAUGCAUGCUCCUCGGGACCAACACUUGCAGGCUGCAAAACGUGUUCUUCGCUAUCUCAAAGGUACUAUAUCUGAAGGUCUUUGGUUCAAAAAGGGUUCUCUCACCCUUACUGCCUUCUCCGAUGCAGACUGGGCAGGUUGUCCCUUUGAUCGUCGUUCCACCAAUGGUUAUUGUGUUUUUUGGGGUUCUAAUCUUAUCAGUUGGAGUGCCAAGAAACAACCUACUGUUGCCCGCUCCUCUACUGAAGCUGAAUACCGCUCUCUAGCUCACACUGCUGCUGAAAUUACAUAG